AUGCCCGAGUGGAAAUGGGAGCGUAUUACCAUGGACUUUGUAACAGAUGAGAUAAUACGGCUGCAUGGCAUUCCUGUUUCUAUAGUAUCUAACAAAGGAGCACAAUUCGCCAGUAGGUUCUGGGAAAAGUUGCAAGAAGCAUUGGGCACUAAGUUGGAUUUUAGCACGGCUUUCCACCCGAAAGCUGAUGGCCAGUCUGAAAGGACUAUUCAGACAUUUGAGGAUAUGUUGAGGGCCUGUGACGCCACCGAGAAAAUACGCAUGAUUUGUCAAAGGAUGUUAAUAGCACAAAGUAGACAAAAGUCCUAUGCUGAUAAUAGACAGAGGGACUUGGAAUUUCAAGUGGGAGAUCAUGUCUUUUUGAAGGUCUCACCAACGAAAAGGAUAAUGAGGUUUGGCAAGAAGGGAAAGUUGAGCCCUCGAUAUAUAGGACCCUUCGAGAUCUUAAAAAGGGUUGGAGCAGUGGCAUAUCUUUUGGCAUUACCAUCAGACUUUUCGAAUAUUCACCCUGUGUUUUAUGUGUCAAUGCUUAAGAAGUACAACCCGGAUCCAUCACAUGUAAUACAGUAUGAAACCAUCCAGCUAAAUAAUGAUCUGACCUAUAAAGAGCAACCGGUAGCUAUCCUUGAUCGGCAAGUCAAGAAGCUCCGUUCGAAAGAUGUAGCCUCGGUAAAGGUGUUGUGGCAAAAUCAGACCAGUGAGGAGGUGACAUGGGAAUCCGAGAAGGAGAUGCGAACAAAGUAUCCCCAUCUCUUUGAUGCUUAG